AUGAGACUUAAAUUAAUUAUCCAAUAUCAGAAUAAUUCAACAGAUAAUAUUCUGCUUUUUAGCAAACCUAAUUAGACUAUUGAGGACUUAUGCAAAUAUUUAUCAAAGACUUGCUGUUUGCAAAAUCCAUAAAUCUUUAUCGAGGGCUUUAGAGCAUUGAAUGAUCAACUUGUUGAAAAUUUAGUAAUUAAUAACUAGCCAAUUCAGGUUAUUGAAGUGAAUGAAUCUUCGACGAAAAUGAUAUAAAAAGACACAAAACUAAAGUAGAAGCAAACAAAAUAAAUUUAAGAAAGUACCAGUGAAGAAAAUAUUAAACAAGUAUAAAUUAAAUAACCCAUAAUUUAAAAUCAAAACUCUAAGGUAUAACAAAUAAAAUCUAAUUUAAUUGCUAAACCUAAUUAAAUUUAGGACAACCUCUCAUAAUAAAAUGAAAAAUAAAUAAAUCCAAUCAUUAGGUAGAUAGUUUCAGAAUCAGAGUCAUCUUCUGAAGAUGUACCUAUUAAGAAAUCAUAGCCAGCUAACAAAAUAUAAAUAAAUAUUUUAUCCCCAGAGGAGGAGUUAAAAAGUAAAUAAUAAGAAUGGAAAAAAACUUUUGCUAAAAAUGCCUAAAAGCCCACAGGUCUUUAAACUUCUUAAUAAACAAAACCAAAUUAAAAAUAAAACCCUAUCUAAUAAAAACAACAAUAAACUUCUGAAAAUUAAAAUAAAGAAAAGGUAGCAUAAUAAACAAGCACACCUUAAACUACUAAAAAGUAAACUGAAUAUAUCAAAUUACCUGUAUAAACCUUAAAUGAUGAUCCUACUUUAAUCGAAAAAAAUGAUGAAAUUCUUUUCAAAUAAACCUAUCUAGAUGAUGUAAAAUUUGAACCCUCUGUGAGUAAUUUGAUAUCUGGUAAGGUUGAGGAAAACUCUUAAUCAGAAAAAAAACUAAGAAUUAAAACAAAUAAAAAUGAAACUCUAUAAAUUAAUUAUAGUGAAAUUUAAGAAUUACAAAUUAAUGUCGCAACAAUUUAAUCAUAAGCUAGAAAAGCAGCCAUAAAAGUUUUAUCUCAAGAUGUUGAUAGUAAAUAUGAACCAUAAGAAACUCAAUAAUAAUUAUUAUAAUCAGAUAGUAAUACAGCUAAAAUCACAUAAUCAUAAUAAAAGGAAGUUAUAGAUCCAUUUGGCAUCGGCUAAUAAAUAAAUUAUUAUUAUAGUGAUAAAAACUAUUCAAAAGAUGAUUUUAUUUUAUAACACUCUGCUUAAGAUCCAGAAAAAUACAUGCUCAUGAAAUUAUUAUUGAACUUUCCAAAAAUAAAAUCAAAAAUUAAAAGUGAAGAUGAACUAUUUGAUAUUAUUGAUUUUUUUUUAAGAAAGACCAAGGAAGAUUUAGUGAAUUUUUAAAUAAAGAAAAAUGAUGAUAACUUAUGGACAAUUAGAAAGAAGCAGAUUGCCUGA